UAAAAUAAUCAAUGCUUAUUUAAACCCAGACAUGCUUUAUUGUGACUAUAAUACUAUAUUUUAUACAAAAUAUAAAAUUUUUUUGAGAGUACUUUCUCAACUUUAUUAGAUGAACAAACAAAGCCAAAUAUUAAUAUGUAAUGGCCAAUAUUGUAGCAAAAGUUGAUGCCUUAAAUAUUCUUAGCUUAUGGCAUAUUCAUUUUGAACAAAAACCGUUUACCUACUUGUUAAUCCAAAUCUUUGAUUUGCUUUACUUUCUUAGUUUUUAUUGUGCUUAUUUUUUUACAAAUUGGAAAUUCAUACACAUAUAUUCAUAUAUAUAAAUAAAAUCAAUAGAGAUUUUCCAAUUUCACACUUCUGAUUAGUACUGGUGGUAAUCCUAAAUAAUCAAAUUAUACUGUCUCUUAUUUAAAAAGUUAAAAAAUCUAUUCAACUUGAAAAUCACAUGGGCUAUGUAAUUUCAAGAAUGUCAGAAAACAAUUUAUAAUUAAAAUUUUCCAAAUCUAUAAUGGACACUACACCAUCAACAGAGAAUAAUAAGCGAGAACAAAGUACAGUAUCACAGAAUCUAGUAUUAAAUUCAAUACAGUCUACAGCUGCUGACAAUGAUGAAACAUUUUACGAUCAGGACAGUGGAAGGCUAGUCGGAACGCCCACAUUAUUAAAAACAAUACCAACAUCUAAACCCUCUUCUAAACAAACCUCACUGCAAGUUGUCACAAAGCUAUCACAAAAUACAGACUUAAUUUUAACACAGCCAAUGAUUACUGCUGAUACAGAAAAAUAUUCGGAUAUUCAAGGCAGCCUGCAAGUUCCUACUGCACAGGCAAUAUCAACAUCCAGACAUUCGUCUAAACAACCUUCUUUGCAAGUAAUUAAAAAAGAAAGCAAGAGUCCAAAGUCCUCCAUUGCACCACAAUCACCACCACAACUGGCCAAUUUCCUUCACAGUCCAAUCCCAACUGAUCAUAAUAUUUCGAUUGAAGUAUCUCAUAGAAAUUAUAAUGGCAGUGUCAGAUCUAAAUCACCAGAACAGAAGAGUCCAAAAAGCUUAAGUAUUAAAUCGGAAUACUUAGAAGAACGUAAAAUGGAGACAGAUCUUGAAACUAGAGAGCCAGAAGAAACUUCAGUCAAUAGAAAAUCGAAUGUGUCUGAAAAUAAAACUUCGAGAAGAUCUGAAAGCCCAAUAGGAUCUCCAGUGAUAACUAGCAAUAUUGAUAAAAUAGCCAAUAUGAGUAAAGUUCUUUCAAAUGAAGCAAAAGCUUUAAGACAAUCCAUUCGUAGUUUAUCCGAAGACAUAGCUAAAACUAAACAAGAAAUGUCCGAUCAACAAGAGGAAAACGUUAAUUUUCCCUAUCACCUGUUUUUGUUGGAAAUUAUCGUAAAUAAAAUUCACAUGAAAUGUGAUUGUUUCGACGUUGAUGGUAACAAUCUAGUUAUUUUGGCGACAUUUUUAGGAAAACAACCUAUUGUCCUUUACGAUACCAGUUACGGUAAAAUAUAUAACUUUACUAAACUAAAUUUGGGGAAGUCAAUAUUAUUUGCUAUGACCUACGAUAAAAUAUGUAGCAUCAAAGAUUUUGAAAUAACCAUACAAUUAACAAAACAGCCACCUUGCACCAGCUGUGUGACUAAAAUAGGACAGGCGUGUAUGGACUUAACUGUGGAAUUUGUGAAAUUACGCGAGGAAUUGUGUCGCAAAUGGUUGGCUGAACAGCCUGAUGAUAAUAUAAUGUGUACAACAUCGACACCAUUGUCCAAAAAUUUGUACCAUCUGUCUUGCGGUGACGAAGACCACAGGGACUCUAUUGGAGUUAUUGAGGUUUCGACAAGAAUGUCAUUCCUAGGAAAAGAAAUCAUGACUUCGUUUUGUGCUACUCCUAAACCUCAGGGCACGUCGUUUCUUUUGAAGCAGGAUAAUGGAAUGACAAUGUAUUCUUGUCAAAAAGUUGAAAUGGACGAUCAAGGCAAGAUACUUUUGGAUGAAAGUAGUUUAACAAAAAAAAGUUUACCCUGUGCGCAUCGCAAUCUUUCAUUCAUUGAAAGAAAUCAAAGGUGUCCGAGUCCAACAUCAAGCAUUCUGUCAUCUAAGAGAUCAUAUCAGCCGAUUCCGUAUUCACACUAUCAAAACGAGGUCCCUAAAUACGACGAGAUAUUUACAAAAAUUAAUGCGAACGAACUAAAAAUUCGUGUCCCAAAAACCACGAAGGUUGAACGAAUGGGAAAGUACGAUAGGAUACAGGAAUUGUGCUCCUGUGAAAAUACACCUUACAAUACAGGAGAUCAGAUACAAUUCCAGUUACCGAAAGAUUUCCAUAAUUCUGAUACUUACACUUCAAAUUUAAAAUACACUCAUAAAGGCUACGACAAUACUUGCGAUAAAAGGGACAGAAAAAUACUUAGCGUUACGCCAACUAACUGUCCGGUCCCUGUGGCCAUGGAGAAAAUAUUGCAUCCGCAGAAAGAUGUGUUCGUUUUAAAAAUUGGAAAAAAACUGGAAACAAAAGACAAGAAAACUGAAUUAGAAAUCGAACUAGUUACUCCAAAGGGGCCAACGGAAAAACGGAAUCUUGAUAAUAAUAUAAACGACAUUUCGCAACAGUGCAGUACUGUCGAACUGAACAAGAAACAAUCGAAAACAAGUAAUAAGAAAAAAAAUAAAACUAAAAAGGCAAAUAAAUCGAAGAAAGAAAUCAAAUCUAAAAAUAAAACAAAAAAAUAACUACACGACGAGUCAUUAUACUAACUGACACUAUUCUUGUUGAUAUAAAAUUGUACACUAGUUUUUAUAAAUACUGGCACAACGAAAUAAAACUUGUUUUUGAAACUGAACCAUUUUAUCUGUCUCAUCCAUUUAAUAUUAAGAUUUAAGAUCCUUAUCAUAAGAUGGACUUGUCUAGGCCACGGCACUAUAGGGUUUCUUCAACGUUUUUGUAAAACCAUUUGUCCACUCAUUUAAAAACUUAAGCCGAAUUUGAAAAUUCAAAUGUAUGUAUUAAUUAACAAAAAUGAAAAAUAAAUUCGUAUUUCAGCCGGUCUCGGAGAGUUCCGGAUUCGCGAUCUUAACGACGAAA